CCCGAUACCGGAAGUAAACAAUUACACGUGAAAAAGAUGUUAGAAAAGAAACGAGUUGAAGGGGCAGUUGAUGCUGUGCUUACGUUGUUAAAGACCAAAGAUGAUUCAGUGAGUCUGGUAGAUCAGCCAAAGAAAAUUGACCUGCAGUUUACUCUGAAGCAGAUUCCCAAACUAAAACACAAGAAUAUUCAAAUAGAUUUACCGACGUCUAUCCACUAUGAGUUACGGGAAGUGUGUGUCUUUGUCAAGGAUCUGGACAAGAAGAACAGAGAAUAUGAGGCUACUGUUCAGCACUACGAGGACCUCUUCAGACAGCACAAGAUUGAAAACAUCACAAAAAUAGUACCUAUUAAAGCACUGCGUACAGACUACAGUUUACCAUCUAGCAAGAUAAGUCUAGCCAAGGCAUAUGAUCUGUAUUUAGCUGACAGCUGUGUGAUGGGCCUUCUACCAGGAAUUCUGGGGAAAAUAUUCUAUGCAAAGAAAAAGACUAUUCCUGUCAAAGUGAAUCUUGGUGCUAAGAACUUGAAGAAUGAGAUAGAUAGAGCUGUCAGCAAUACAAGAUGUACAAUUCAAGGGUCAGGAUCAUCAUGUUUAGUGACAGUAGCCCAUGACAAGAUGAAAAAGAAAGAGAUGGUUGCCAACAUCCUGGCUGCCAGCAAGCAUUUAGCGGACCAGGUACCAGGUGGCCUAGAGAACAUACGGAACAUGUACAUCAAGAGUUCAGACACUACAGCUGUUCCUGUAUAUUUAGAUAUUGAUUCUGCAAAUGAGAUCAAGUUGCCUAAAGUAAAAACAAACAAAGUUGCCACCUACAUAGAUGAGAUCACUACAAUAGAACAUGGUCAGGUGAUGGUACAGGCUGACGGUCAUGUAAAGAUCAUUAAAGAUGAGGAGAAUGAGACAGAUAGAAAAGAAAGUCCUAAAGUUAUGAAGAAGGGUAGGAAAGGGAAGAAGGCAGAUGCAAAAAAAUCUGAAGAAGAAACAGAUGAAGUUGUAACAGAAAUAAAGGAAGAGAUAGAUGACAGUGCAGAGUUUGGAAUAUCAGCUGGAGAAGGUGAUGAUAAAAAUGAUGUUGUAAAUGUUGAUUCUGAUGAUGACAGUAAGGAUGAUGUUAAAGCAGAAAUCAGUAAGAGUAAGAAAAGUGGAAAGUCAGGUAAAAAACAGAAGAAAAGAAAGAGUGGUGGAGACAAUGAAGAAAUGACUGUUGAAAAGAAGAAACAAAAGUGGACAGAAGUAGCCACUACUAAACAAACAAAGAAGUUGAAUAAGAAAGGCAAAAAGGCAAGGAAAGCAUAAAUAUGAGCACAUGAACAGUUUGUCAAAUUUUACCACAUGAUGUGUUGGGAAAGAACAAUUUCUGGUAUUACAUAAUUUCAAGAAAAAAAAUCAGUAGAAAUAACAACCUUAAUAGCUUGACCAUGGAUUCAGUUUGAUGCUAAUUUUUCAGUCAGAAUUUAAAUAUUAAAUAUAUCGCAUGAAGUAUUUUGACUGGUUUUAAGACUGCCUAGGUACUAGGCCUUUAUCACUGGGUAUUUAUAUGGUGCUUAAACAAUUGUUUCAUGGCCAGUGUGGCUCACUGAUCAUUACUUAAUUGCUAGCCCAAUCAGCUCAUGGAAGCACAAUAAGUACUGCCAACCAUGAUAUUGUAAGUUAAUGCAAUUGGGAGACAAGUUUUUUCUGUGACGAAAUUCCCACAGGUUCUUUGUCCUUCAUAUCUCUGAUUCAUUACUUGCAGAGUCUGGGGAAAAUCUAUAAAACACAUAAAAGGAAUCCAUUGAUGCACCUCUUUUAGUACAAUAGUUUACCUUUGUGAUACUUAAAUCUUCAUCAGAUGAAUUGUGACUUGAAUAGAAUAAAUAAAACUGUGUUUUUAGAACUAUAUUAACAACUAUAAAAUGUCAUACAAUGUAGAACACCAAAACAGUGUUAUGCAAAUACACAUAGCUAUGCAUGCAUGUAUUGUGUACACGUGUACUAUUUGUACACACAAAUGUGGUAAUUUCAUAUGAAUACAGAUACUAUGAAGAAAUUGUUAUUUUCAUAUCAUGAAUUUGGAUAUAAUGUAUCUUAAAUCAUUUCCAAAUGAACAGAUAAUAAAUGGUACUAAAAUUA